AUGUCCUUCAUCAGUGACCAGACGUGGCCUAGUGAACUCAAGGUCCUUUUUGAGACCUUCCGUCACCAUACGCCUAUCGGUAUUUGCGGCGAAACACGGUAUCACGGCCCAUCCAACUCGCUUCUCAACUACUGCUUUGACAAUCCUAGGUUCCACUUCGUGGUAGUUCCACGUCAUCCAUCGUUAAACAGCCCUCGCGAAUCCGAUGCGUUCAUCAGGCUGUACUUCGCUGUCUACGACCAGAAUAAUCGGCCCGUUUUCUUUGCGGAUGUUAGGGAUGACGUUUGGCUCGGCUCGCCAGCAGCACGGUCCCGCGCGGAUGGUCAAGUGCGAGAGCGCUACGAUGACCUGUUAACGUGCUGCCCGAUCCCGGUCUUGCAUGGCGUCAGCAUCAUUGGCACAAAAGCACGUUUCUACACUGCUCAAUCCAAGGACCGCGUGAUUCUGCCCCGUCGAGUUCCUCGCGAUCCAGCCAAGGCUUUAUCCGCGGAGUAUUUGACGGGAGAGUGGGAGUUGGACAUCCUCUCACAAGAAGGGUUCGACAGGGUGAAGGAAGUAGUGACGUACAUUAAAGACCAAUGCUCUGUUCUGUAGCCUCGACUGUAAGUAUCUGACCUGUACUUUAUUGUUGUUUCAUGUAGUCGCUUCGAUGGCAGCAAAAGUGCCAUGAGGAUCCACUUGAAUCAUUGUACAGUAUCUAUCUGC